AUGGCCCUCGCUCUCCUCCGAAAAGAAUCUUUGGAUAUCUACAACCGCCUCCAUUCAGUUGCAGAAGACAUUACCUUUGUCAAUGAGGUGCAUCGCACGUAUCCAUUAUUACCCAUCCUCCCUAACCUACGCUGUGGAGCAUGGUACACGGAUCCCAGCAUAGUCUCCGACAUCGCGGCGUACUUCAAGUCCACCGACGGCCACUUCGGGAACUGGAGCUUUAACCUGCGACGCCCGAACUUGCAUCUUCUGCCCCUCGCUGUCGAGCACAAUGGAAUGAUCCUCGUAGACUCCACGCGGGCCGGCAAGCGCAUGCCCGAUGCGCUCUCCAAGACCGUUCCCAUUUGGUGCGCCGUACUCAACCGCGCGGUGCGCCUGCGCCAGGGACUCCUCGACCCAGACAGCUGGGACACACGGCUGUACACACCACCCGGGACGGUGAGCGCGCAGGAGGCCCAGCAGAUCGAGGAACACCUUGACGCGUGGGCGCGCUCGCUCGCAGACUCAUCGUACGCCCUCCCCCAUCUCCCGCACCCCCUCCGCCCGCUAUGGCUUACUCCGUCAACGUCCGUCUUCCCGCGCCUGCCCGAGGGCUUCAUUCUCGUCCUCUGCGUCUCCGCGUCGAAGCGGGUGGAUGCCGGAAUAGAACGACGACAAGCGGGGUUCGCGUACGUCCAGGGCUCGGGCGACGACCAUGAAUUGUGGGGUAAGGGCCUCACUCCCAGCAUCUUCUGGGCGCACAAGGACCGCCUCCUGAAUUGCACCCGUGCCGAGCUCCCUGCCCUAGUUGACGAGCUUGUCACGCAGGAUCGCAUCCAUCGCGCUCGGGAGGUCCGCAAUGACUGGACGGCGCCCCCGGUACCUAUUCGACAAGUGUCAGGCGCCCUGCUUAUAUGCAGGACGUCCGACCUCCCUACCACCCUACCGGACGCUUCACCCCCUGCCGAAGGCGAUUCUGCCACAAUGGCGUAUGUCAUCAUCACGAACGAUAUCGCCGAGGCCAGUGACUCGGAGCCAAACGUGCUGCGUUUGCGCACCCCGCCAGGGAAGAAAGGCCAGCUGCACUUCCUCGAAAUCGUCCUGCCGCAAUCUGUGUCGUUCAUAGGCUCCGCCCUGCGCGCGGGGAGGAAGGUAUGCAUAGCGUGCGACGAGGGCACGGACACUAGCGUCGGCGUCGCGCUCGUGGCCUUGCAAAGGUUCUUCAAUGAUGAGGGCAGACUCGUCCCCGACGGCAAAAGCACAGCUGACAAGCAGACUAUCCGCACCCGCCUCCAGUGGAUCAUUUCCAGCCAGGCGCGCGCAAACCCUUCGCGCACGACCCUCAAGCGAGUCAACGAGUUCCUCCUCACCUCCCCCUCCUUCCGCUCUUUCCCCACCAACUCACUUCCGUCGCCCUAG